AUGCCGAUUAUUACGCCAGUGACGAAGAUUCUAGGGAUCCGAGUUCCUAUCGUGCAAGGAGGAAUGCAAUGGGUGGGUGUGCCGAAGUUGGCAGCUGCAGUUUCAGAAGCUGGAGGACUCGGUAUCCUGACUGCACUGACCCAACCUUCCCCCGACGCACUUCGAGAAGCCAUCCGAGAGACACGCAAACUCACCUCAAAACCUAUCGGUGUCAAUAUCACGUUGCUACCCAGCAUUAAUCCUCCUGAUUACCAGGGAUAUGCGCGUGCCGCCGUCGAGGAGGGCAUUAGGAUUUUUGAGACUGCUGGAAAUAAUCCCGGACCAUUGAUUAAAUACUUCAAGAGCAAGGGAUGCGUUGUGGUGCACAAGUGCACCACUAUCAGGCACGCGAAGAGUGCUGAGAAGCUGGGUGUUGAUAUUUUGAGCAUUGAUGGCUUUGAAUGUGCUGGACAUCCUGGAGAAGAUGACAUUGGCGGGUUGGUGCUGCUGGCCCGAGCAGUCAAGGAGCUCAAAGUUCCUUUCAUUGCUUCUGGCGGUAUUGCCGAUGCCCGAGGUUUCGCUGCUGCAUUAGCCCUCGGCGCCAGCGGAAUCAAUAUGGGAACUCGCUUCAUGUGCACAGUCGAAUCUCCUAUUCACCAAAAUAUUAAGGAGAAGAUCGUUGCGUCAACUGAGCGUGACACGGUCCACAUUUUCCGCACUCUGCACAAUACUGCCCGCGUGUUCAAAAACAAGGUCUCGAUGGAGGUUGUUGCCAUUGAGAAACGCGGCAAUGCCAAGUUCGAGGAUAUCAAGGACCUGGUGUCUGGAGCCCGUGGACGAUUAGUAUAUGAGAAGGGUGAUCCUGAUAUUGGUAUCUGGUCCGCGGGUAUCACGAUUGGAUUGAUCAACGAUAUACCGACCUGCGAAGAACUGCUAAGAAGGUUUGAAAGGGAGACUGAGGAGAUUGUGAGCGGAUUGAACAAGGUGGUGUUUACGGGAGAGUCGUGCCCGGUGUCAGGAAGGGCGAAACUGUAG